UGAAUGAACGAUUGCGAAACAGCAAAACGAAGUGCGCCAUCAAGAGUUUAAAAAGCAGGAACAUGGACGCUUACAUGGAAGCUGAACCCGCCGAUGAGGCUGUUUGCCUCUGGUACUCUGAUAUCGGACAACGGAUUCCUGCACUACGCAAGAUGCUUGGCCAGAUGGGAUACCCAAGUGCUACCCGGUCGCUAUUGGGAUGGCUUGACAGCUACUUUGAGCAGUGUGAGAAUUUUCCCCCUGGCAAGUUUCCCAAUCAGGAAUACGUCAAGGUACUGGUCCAGGAGUUUGUCUUCUACAGAGCUGUGGAGAAAAAUCUGCAGAAAAUGACAACCAGUCAAGAGCUUCAGCUCCUGGAAGAACUCUGUCACUACUUGCAAGAGAAUUCCAAACUGGCCACCAUCCACAACAUCUUCGAUGGUCUCUUUGGUAACAGUGGACAUCCCUUGAAGGACGUAGAUGAGCAGAGACGCUUGGCCAUGAUGCGGCUGGUUUCCAUGGCUAUAAGCAUCGGGUGUAAGGCUGUCCUGGAUUGUACCGCUGUAUGGAUGUAUAACCAGGACUGUUCAUCGCAUAGCAUCAACCUAGCUGAUGCUGUUAUGACCGAUUUCUGUGAGUUAGUCUCAGGUCUCAAGGAUACCAUACAAAGAGUUGCCCAGACAUCGCCAACGUUCACCCAUCAUCUAUUAACUGCUCUCAUGUCACAUUACAAUACCUAUCAAAGUACCUCACAGCCAAUCAAACUCAUCCCACCUGCCCAACUGGACAUUGUCACAGACUGGAUCAUCGAGCACCCGACUGUUUGUCUCCGUCAUGCCCUCCCUGGCAAGCCUCCUUCCCGUAUUCCAUCUUUCUACAUCCAUGCUUCCUACAAGGCGUCCUCCCACGACCCCUCCAGCUCGGGACCGGUCCCAGGCCUCCUCUGGCAGAGUGUCCUCUCCCCGCUCAUCCUAGAUGCCAACCGCUCCCAGAUACAGAAGACCCUUGACAAACGCUUCUCCGUCCACGACUACUCCCUCCUCUUUUCCAAACUCCAUCUGGGCAUACUGCAAGCGUUUGUGACGACGUCAGAUGCAAAGGCAACAACUUCUAAGGGGAAGGCCAGGGCUGGUGCCCUGUCCCUUUCAGACAUUGAGAGUGUGAUCAUGUUGACUGUCCAUACCAUACAGGAUAACAAGAUCAGUAGGGAUGCUGUGCAGAUAGCGGUUGAGAGGAUAGCACAACUGCUUCAGGUUUCCAUAGCAACAGGGAUGCUUAAUACAACCAAAGAGAAAGUGAUUCCACUAUGCAAGGAGCUGCCUUCAAAUGACCUUCUGACUCUUAUCCUCCAUGAGAAGCUACCAUCAUGAAAGCCCCUGACCUCAAAGUACUGUCUGAACUUUUCAAAAUGUGUGACUGAUGCAUGGAAGAUAGCAAUAGUGAUGGCAUUUCUGCGUCAAUACUUCUGCAUUAAGACUUGAGUCGUCAUUCUCAAAUACACACUCCAUGUUUCUUGUGAAGUGUGGUAGGAGUAGAAGAUUCUAUGGAUUGGUGAACAGACAGAUUGAUGUCCAGACAGAUUUUGAAUGGCUGCAGUGAAAUCAACUGAAAUGAAAUGACCAAGGGUCUUGAAAAUGGCUACAGUGCAAGAAAGGAAUGUUUCUGAAUAGGAAUAACAAAAUAUGUAAUGUCCGGAUAUGCGGAGACGGUUUAGAAUUGCGGAUAGGCCCGGUGAAAAUAAGGAUGGAAAAGGGAUGACCACAAGAGACUGAUACUGUAUCAAUGACAAGUGGCUGAUCGAGGAGAUGCUACAGAGAUCCAUGAAGAAAGACCACCCUGCUUCCAUGCUCUUGGGAGUUGAGUGUUGAUGUAUGCAUAUGCAUGUGUGUGGCAUCUGACUCGGUUGUCAAUAUACUCUGAGAAAUUACAUACGCCUCCAAGUCUAAAAUGAAUAAUUAUGCUGUCAAAGACUUUCCAAAAUCGAGAUUUCAAACACAUAUCAUCACAUCAAUGGUAUUGUGGUGUUGACCUGGAAAGCUGAAGGCAAACAAUGCCUGGCUUAUUUUCAUAAGACUAAAAAAAAACAAUUCUUGAGAAGUGCUAUAAACUGUUGUGAAGAAAUUCAGUGUGAAUUCCAAGUCACAGAAUUUUAAGACUUCUCUGUUGACUCCUCUAGUGGUUAUAUUUAUUUUUCAGAAAUCAAAUCGUCUACAUGAAUAAAUCUAUUACAAACAAGGUUAUUUUGUCACUCUAUUGAUUUAUAUACUUUUCAUAAACUGUUAUAAACAUGAACCUUAAAAGAGGGAGGCUGUUUGUGGUCUUUUUCUGAACCAAGUUCCCUUGCAUUUUUAGAGUUCAUGGUAUUCCACUAUGUAAUCAUUGGUUAUACAUCUUUCUCUCUUUCAUUCUUCCAUCAAUCCUUCCUCUAUUCCCUCUCUCUGUAUCUGUUUCUCCCUCUCACUCUGUCACGUACAUGUAUAUUUUUACUCGGGCAACUCUCUUUAUUUGGGAUAAAAGAAACCCAAAUUGAGGACUUCACCAAAUUCCAAAAUCCUAGAGCUAUAAAUAAAUCAGGAAAUAUUUCAUAAAUACCACAGCUAGAAUAAUUCUGUAGAGAUUUUUGUGAUAACAUUCUAAUUGUUUAAAGUAAAGAGCUGAUAAUUGUGUUGGGGAAUAGUGGUGCUAAAAUCAACAGGCCAGACCCAAAAGUGAAAUUUACCAAUCAUAUACCAAUCAAAAGCUCAUAAACUACUGAAUUCAGCAAUGCAAGCUUUAUUUUCACCACUUACCAGUCAAGUACUUUGCUUUGGAAUAGCUCCAAUUAUCGGGCUUUAAUCUUUUGCUUUUCACUGUAGUGUCAUGUUGUGUUAGAAGCUUGUGAUUCAAUAGGUAUGAACAUGGAAAAAAUUGAGAUUUUGUGCUUUCCAGAUUAGGCAUUUUAUUUUCCUCUAUCACGUAAGGAUAAAUAUCUUGUACUGCAAGAUUGAAUUGGUGAAAUAUACAGCUUUGGACUAGUUUUUGUCAUACAUAAACAUGUACUCAAUUUCCUGCUUGUUUGGCACAGCUUCCAAUUCUAUCCUCAUUCAGAGGAUGUGUAACAACUUUUCCUGACAGCUAUUUAGGCCCAAUGAGAGCCAAAGAAAGAAAUAUAAAAAAAAACCCUAGUGACGAGUUGCUGGUUUCCAUUUGAACACUGAUCAUUGUCUGCCAUUUUCUUACAUAAAAGAAUUAAAUUCAUGAUCUUGAAAUCUAAAAUAUAAUCCAACUUUUUUACUUACAAAUCACAACCUUCAUUACGCAGAGUGAUGUCACAUGAUUUAGGCCGUUAUGAAGCUCUAUAAAGCCUAUCGUCGACACCUGUUAAUUUCAAUUUUUCUUUUACAAGCAAAAUACUCGGCUGUCGAGUGGUGAAUAUGCAUAAAACUUACAUUGUUGUACACUGUAGCUUAAAUAGUUCCCUAUUUGUCAAUUUCAAUUUUAGCUCCUAAAUAAAAAGUUUUGUGUUUUCCACGACUCACACUUUCAAUUCUAAUCUUUUAUUCUACACCAAACCCAUACUUCCACCUCUUAAGAAAACACCAAUACUUACUUCAAUUGCCUAAUUUGUAAAUGGAAUUUAUACAAAUUUACAAUUAACAUUUCUCAUAAGUAUUUGUACAAUAUGUAACUUUAACAUUCCACAAAAUGAAAGUUUUCCCAGUCCAACAUAAAAUCGCCUGAAAACUAUUGAUUUAGCAACAGAAUUUUACCAGUACAUGUAUUUUCUUUUCUAAUUAUUAAAUUGAUCUGUUGGGUCAUGCAUGAGUAAGCUCACCCUAUACAGCAAAAAAUUGUUACAUUUUCAAAUUAAUUUCCUGAUUUCAAUAGGGAGAUUCUUUAUAUGGUGUGUAUGUUCAAGAGCCGUGAUAUUUAUCACCCACCUCUAGGCUAGCUUAAUGUGAUGUUCUGACAAUUCCGGUCCUUGCACCUUUUGAUGAGCAUGAUUUUAGGACAAGUUUCUGGUGUUCACCCACGUGCGCUUGAUAUAACUGAAUCAAAAAUAAAACAUCAGAUAUUGCCCCCCCCCAAAAAAAAAAAUGUAAACACUUUUGAGGUUAUAUUAUGUUUGAUGAAAAAUGUGUUUAAAUACAGCAGAAAGUACUCGCUAUCAAUGUCAUCCAUCAAUUGGAGAAUAGCUGAAUAUGUACAUUUUCCAUCAGGACACAUCUAAUUUCCUCAAAACCUAAUAAAAUUGAUAUCAAAAUAACAAUUAUGAAA